UCAACAUCCGGGUAACGCAUGUCCGUCCGUCUGUUGAGCAGUUAAUGCUAAUGCUAAUCCUCAUCUCGGGGUUAGAACGCCGCAUUUCAGCCGACUGUGCCGCUACACAUGGCGUCUCAGGUCCCUAUCACGAUCAAGAGCCAUCCGUUGGCCGCCGGCCCUGCUGCUCUGCGGGGCAAGAAACGUCCCGGGAGUCCGGCGGUGUCUGCCGCUCAGCCGCCGGGCGGUGGCACCAAGAAAAAGAAAUCUCCUCUUAUAAUGACACAACUCACACAGAAUCAGAUGUCAGCAGCAGAUGUUGUCACUGAUGUGAAGACGUUUGGAUUGGUGGACAGCUCUCCGUUAACAAGCGUCAGCACCAGCACAGAAGGCACUGCCAAGCCACCACCGUUCAAAGACCCCUCAUUUAUGCACUCCGGAAUCGGUGGAGCGGCAGCAGGCAAAAAGAAUAGAACCUGGAAGAAUCUCAAACAAAUUACGGUUUUGGAACGGACACUACCCUGGAAGCUCGAUGAACCAAACUACUACAACAUUGAUGCUCCUCCCUCUCUGAAACCAUCUAAAAAAUACUCCGACAUCUCCGGACUCCCUGCAAAUUACACAGACCCGCAGACCAAACUUCGCUUCACAUCCACGGAGGAGUUUUCCUACAUUCGCCUCCUCCCGACGGAUGUCGUCACAGGGUACCUGGCUCUACGGAAGGCAACUUGCAUCGUACCCUGACAGCAAAACCAUAAUCGGAUGACUUUGGAAACAGCCAAGAUGGUUGAGAAACUCCCAACCAGAUGAGCAAUAAAAGUGUGUGAAUAGCACAGAAAUGCGAAAGGAAAGGGAGGUUUUUUAGCUCGUUGUCCCGCAUUUACCUGGUUUAAGGGGGUUUUAUCCUUGUGCGCCUGUGAAUAUUCUCACACAUCCAGGUCAUUAUAUCCUCAAUCCACGGAAUCAAUGGCAACUGGACUGUUGUGGUUGUCUUCGAAGAUGUUUUGUUUUUCAUCCGAGCAGGCUUUGUCAGUUCAUACACCAAGGCUACGUGAGACAGACAAUUGUUGUGGUUAGUAGUUGCAAUGCCGUGUGCCCCCUUGAUUCAUCAAUUCAAGAAAAAAAUUGCUUUCAGUAUGAAUGGUUACUGUGGAAAAGCUGACUCCAAAUAAAGACCUGCUGUGAAUUGUACAUGGAUCAUGCUAAAUGUAGUACAUACCCAUCCAUGUUAUGUAAACGAGGGCCUCUGCUGUCAAUUUGGAAUGUAUGGUGAAUACAGUUAAACGGAAAGAAAAAAAAAGUUGACUUAACACAGAUCUCAUCGGCUGGAUCGGAUCGGUAGAUAAUUUGUAUCGUAUGCAAAAUCUGUGAUCGUAUGUCAUGUUAUCUGUUGAUUGAUCAAGGACGUCGUUGAUCGGAUGAGCAAAAUAAAACAUUGCAGCAAAAA